AGUCCUCGAUUCUCACACGUAGGGAUAAAAUCGUCGUUCUUCCUCGGAAAUAUUGCCGAUAUCUUGUUCCGACUUACGCAGCGUAUCGCUAAGGCUCGGUUCCGGUCGCCACCGGGAAGAAAUAUAUCACGAUCAGGAAUAUUGCAUUAGAUUGAUGAACACGCGUCUACACGUCACGCGGAACACGUUGAAUACGAUUACGGUUAACGAGAAUAUUCCGAUGUUUAUUAAUUCAACGAGACAUACGGUCGAAUUGGAGGAAUAAUGAUCGAUCAAUUUGAACGAUUGUCUGGAGUUCUGCGGUAAAGAAUUACGUUGCAAAAGAGUCAUCCUUUGUUGCUACUUGGAUUAAAAAAUCCUACAGGAUGCGCAUUACGAUAAACAAUUUUUAGUGUUACUGUAGUGUUUCUGUAGUGUCACUGUAAGUAUAUAAACCGCAAUUGGAACAUGACGACGUCCGCACAAUAAUGUUGCCGAGCGAACGUUUCAAUGCCUCAUAAAAACGUCAUAUUACAAGGAUUAAAAACUGUGCACGCAAUAUAGCGCUUGAUGAGUUAGAUAUUAAUAGGAAAGGGGGGAGGAAGGUCGUGCUUCCCUCGAAAUUGAAUUAGAGAUUGUAAUUUAUACCAUACGUUUUAACUGCUACGUGUCACGCGCGAUGAACACUCAUCACCGCGUUCGAUGUUGUCCUCCCUCAGGAGGCGUCAGGAAAUCAUGCGAGCGGUGUUGGCGAUCGCGUUGGUCCUCGCGGUGGGACUCGUCAUGGUGACGACGGCGACGAAGGCUCACAAUUACCCCCGCUUCUUCAAGGGGCAUCGGGCGAAGUUGAGGGAGAUCCGCGGUUUCAAGCCGGAAUACCUCUCCACGGCGAUCGGUUUCGGGAAGCGAGUGGGCCCUGCGGAGGCCCAGGAUCUCAGCGCGCGCGAGAGGAUCCUGCUGUCGCUUCUCGGAAACUUUCCGCGCGAAAUGCCCGCGGAAGUGCUGCUUCGAACGAUGCAAGCGAAUCCCGCAUUGGCCAAUAGGCUGACGCAGCUGGUGGCGCAGAACGAUCAAGGCGACGAGGAGCCGCCGAUGAUGGAACACCCGAAGCUCGAGAGAACACUCGCGCUAAUUUAAUCUCUUGUCAAAUGUACGACGAUCCAUGCGAGUUUCAGGCAUCCAUUUUAUUUCGGAUAAAACGUUUCUACGAACGCGCAUACAAUCAGUUUACUCUUUCCGUUUCUAGAUGUACAAAAAGAAACCGUAGUACGUUUCAUAUGCAUGUGUGUAGAUAUAUCACUUAAUACCUUACUUUCUCGUCAUCGUUGUGCGACCAAGAGCGACGUUUUAAAAGAUGAACGUAUUUCACAGGGGAAGAGAAAAAUAAUUGAAAACACUGUGUAGAAUAGUAACGGUCACGUGCCCCUAUUUAAUAAAAGGACAACAUUAUUUGAUUCACCGAA